CGUAUGCUGAAAUUUAUUUUUAUUUAACAGUUGAAGGGGAAACAAACAUAAAUAAAACUUGUGCUGCAUUUGGGCAAUGAACGCAUACGUUCAACAGCAUGUCUACCUCGUUUUUCUAUGGAGUUUAUUUAUUAUGCAGCAAAAGUCCUGAGAAACGCUAUGCAGGCCGUUGCUAUAUUGGUUUCACGGUGAACCCUGAUCGGCGUAUAAGCCAACACAAUCGGGGUAAAGAAUUUGGUGGAGCCAAACGCACAAAUAACAAAGGUCCUUGGCAAAUGGUUAUGAUAGUACAUGGAUUUCCAAAUAAUAUUGCAGCGCUCCAGUUUGAGUGGGCAUGGCAACAACCGGCACUUUCCACUCGCCUCACACCAUAUCCUGAAUUACGUCGUAAAAACCGGAAGGAAAGUCAUUUUCAAUAUAACUUUCGUGUCUUGAGCCGAAUGUUGAAUGUAGGACCGUGGAACCGUUUGCCGCUAACUGUACGCUGGCUAGAAAGCGAAUACGAAUGUGAUUUUACGCUGAAACCGCCAGCGCACAUGGAAAUAGUAAGCGGCAAAGUUGUCAUAGAAAAAUCGCAAGCAUCACGAAAAAAACGUGCCGAGGAUUCCUCACCACCACGCGCAAUUUGGGCACCUGAAUGCCACUUGUGUAUGCAGCGCAUUAAUAAUCCUGAAGAUUCUCGCAUCGGAUGUAUUAAUUCGUUAUGUAAACUCACUUGUCAUAUUAUAUGUCUUGCGAAUUAUAUACUAUCUUCUGAUGAAAGCAAUCGUGGACACUACAUACCCAUUGCUGGCGAAUGUCCUCUGUGCGAAGAGAAAUUUACUUGGGUAGCGCUUUUGCAGCGAAAACGUAAAUUACAAGCAAAUGGCGUGGAACAGAUAGAAGAAGAAGAUGAUGACGAUGAAUACGAUAUGGAUAAUGAUGCGUCCAAUGAGAGCGAAAGUGAUUUUGGUGAUGAGGCAGCCAAAUCGGAAAGUGAAAGUGAAAGCGCUCUUGGCAUUAAUUCUCAAAAAGGCAACGAGUUUGAUAAUGGUCGUGCGCUUGUAGUGGGUAGUCCACAACCGCAACUGGAAUAUAUGCUCGAUUUAUGCAAAGAUGAUGAUAUAAUUUAUGAGUUGAGCGACUAAAUACUACAUAUUUUUUAAAAUGAUGUAAUUUAUAAUUUUGAAAUUGAUUUAUUUUAUACAUUUGUAUGCGUACAUCAAUAAAAUUAAGUCCAGCACGAAAACGUGGUUGAAACGA